CUUCUACAGCCCUCACACGAACGGGUGACAGGAUUCUCGUUCUAUUUACUUCCGCAUCCUCAGCCCAAGAUCCGCCUUCACGACUGUGAUUGGCUUUGCUACAAAAAAAAAUGCUAAUUCCUGUUGAUGAUUGGACGGAAAUUAUGGCGUCAUUUGAAUGACGUGACCGCUGCUGUCUCGAGCAGGAGUACAUGCGACAGCGCCCCAGGUUUUUGAAACUGAGUCGAGCGGAAGCGCGUGUGAGGAGACUGGCUGCGCAGCUGGGUAAAGCGGCUAUGUCCACCGCCGCGGCCAAUGGGGAGGCUCCCACCGCGGCCAUCCUCAUCAUCGGGGAUGAGAUUCUCAAGGGCCACACUGUGGACACCAACAGCGUUUUUCUUACACGAGCGUUAAGGAAGCUUGGUGUGUCUGUGCAGCGUAUAACAGUUAUUCCAGACGUCCAGGAUGUCAUUGCCAAAGAAGUGGCCCUCCUUUCAUCACAGCACACCCACCUCAUCACAUCGGGGGGCAUCGGGCCCACACACGACGAUGUCACCUUUGAGAGCAUCGCUAUGGCCUUCCAGGAAGAAGUCUAUCCCCACCCUGAGCUCUCACGACUAGUGGAGGAGUUCUUUGGGGUGGUGAACAAAAACAGCCCGGCCAUGAAGUUGGCUAUGGUGCCCCGGUCAGCCAAACUCAACUUCGGAACAGACUCUCAGACGGGAAAACCCCUCCGCUAUCCACUGGUGAGUGUGCGUAACGUGUACAUCUUCCCGGGAAUACCAUCUCUAAUGGAGAGGGCCUUCAAUGGGUUGGAACAUCUCUUUGCUAGUUCGGGAACCACUUUUCACACUCGUGAGGUUUUUGUGGCUGCAGAUGAAGCCGAAAUUGCCCCCAUGCUCACAAAACUCCAGACUUCCUGGGGACGCAAAGUUGCCCUCGGCUCCUAUCCUGACUGGCUGAGCAACUAUCACAGAGUCAGGCUGGUCCUGGACUCAGACAGCCAGGAUGACGUGGACAAAGCUCGGGCGCAGCUGAUUGACGAACUGCCUACGGGAAGCGUGGUACCUUUCGUGAAGGACCCAGUCUCAAUCGCCACCGCUGAGGUGUACACGUUAGCCAACAGCGGCACACCGCUGGGCGAAAAAGUUGCAUCUGCGCUGAAAACAGUGGAGGCGGCACUGGAUCAGUAUUCCACGGCGCAAGUCUGUGUCGGCUUUAACGGCGGCAAGGACUGCACGGCGCUGCUGCAUCUCUACUACGCCGCAAUGAAGAGGCGCUACCCAGACAGUAAAGACAAGGUGAAAGCUCUUUAUAUCCGCAUCGUCUCUCCAUUUUCAGAAAUGGAGCGGUUCCUCCAGGAUACUAUAAAAAGAUACGAUUUGGAUCUGUUCUCGGUGGAGGGCAGUAUUCGGCAAGCGCUGAACGAGGUGCAGGACCGGAAGCCCGAACUGAAGGCCGUCCUAAUGGGAACUAGGAGGAGUGACCCUUACUCUCACACGCUCACCCCUAUGUGUCCCACUGACCCCGACUGGCCGCUCUACAUGAGAGUCAACCCUUUACUGGUUGCAGGGAAAGUAGCUUCAGCAGGCAUACCCAGGCUUCCCUUUCCCCAGCCACUUUUUCCAGCUCUUCCGUAGGAAUCCCGAGGCACUCCCAAGCCAGCAGAGAGACAUCGUUUCUCCAGUGUGUCCUGGGUCAUCCUUGGGGUCUCUUUCCGGUGGGAAAUGCCCGGAACACCUCACCAGGGAGGCGUCCAGGAGGCAUCCGAAUCAGAUGCUGCAGCCACCUCAUCUGGCUCCUCUCAAUGCAAAGGAGCAGCGGCUCGACGGUGCCCCUCCCAGAUGACCGAGCUUCUUGCCCUAUUUCUGGAGGGAGAGCCCGGACACCCUGCGGAGGACAAAACAUAACCAUCAAGAAAUUAAUUAUGUAUGUCAUAUUAAAAAAAAAAAAAGUUCACCAAAUCUGCCAGGGUAUGUAAACCUAUGCACACAACUGCAUAUCCCAAGUAAUCAAUCCAUACAAAGAAAGUAGAACAAAUAAGAUUGGAAAUUAAGUUGUGUAAAAAUAUGAAAUGAAACAGGGAAAAAGUAUUGAACACAAGAAGAAAGGGCAGAGCAAAAAAGCCAAGACAACACCCAAAAUGUUGUCUCUUGUCAGUGCACAUGAAUAUCAGCUGUCAUAGUCAUAAUUAAUGCCAUACAAACAAGUUUUAUUGCCAAGGUGUGAGUCAAGACACAUCUAAUGAUAGGUAAGAGCAGUCAGCUGUCCCAAGACCAUUGUGAAAUAAUUGUUGCAAAACAUAACAGUGGCAUUGGUCACAUGUGGCUAUCUAAUCUUUUGAAUCUUCCAGUGAGCAUGGUUAGGACCAUCAUUUGCAUACCACCAUAAGGUUUCUAUAAUGAAGUGCAGUUUGGACAAUUUCUGACAGAGGAGCACAAAGGAUAAUCAGAAGAAUUGUUCAAGAGCUAAGGGGCACCUGAGGAGAGCUUCAAAAAGACCUGGAAUUAUUUACUGUUUUGACAAGGAAAACAGUGAGUAAUCUACUUCGUUGCUAUGGCCUGUGUGCAUGCUCAUCUCGCAAGACCGCAAUUACCGGGGAAAAAAAGCAUGUCAAAGCUUGUUUAAAAUUUGCUGACCAACAUUUAGACACACCAAAUAAAUACUGGGAGAAGAUAGCCAGGUCUGAUGAGAGCAAAAUUUAACUGUUUGGAAGCCAUAAUGCAUACCACAUUUAGAAGAGAAACGUCACUGCACAUCACACUUAAAACAUACCAACAGUGAAGUUCGGAGAUGGGAACCGGAUGGUGUAGGGAUGCUUUUCAGCAAAUGCCACUGGUAAACUUUGCCUUAUUGAGAAGGAUGAAUGGGCAAACCUCCUGUACCGAGACAAUAUUUGACUGCUGCCACGUGCGAAGAUGAUCAAAAUGAAAUGGGGGUGGAAAGUUCAGCAGGAUAAUGAUCCAAAAUAUAUUGCCAAGGAAACAGUCAACUGGUUUCAAAAAGGAAAAAAAACAAUAAAGCUGACCCAGCCAACCACCUAACAUGAAUCCAAUUGAAAAGAACUGAAACACAAGGUCCAGAAUAGAACCUCACGGAACCUUCAAGAUUUGAAGACUGCUUGUGUGGAGGGGUGGCCCAAAAUGUCACUAGAGCAAUGGCAUGAGACCAUCCGUAAAGGACAUUUUUUGAAGCUGCCAUUGCAAAAAAUACAAAGUUAAUAAAUAAAUACUCGCUGCCGUGUUCACGAUUUAUGUCCUGUAUUAUUUCACACGAUUACACACAACUUAAUUUCUGAGCUAAUUUGCUCUACUAUGUUUUUGUUUUUUUUUUAAAUCUUUGGAUUACUUGGGUUCUUACCAGCUUUUUAUACAAUUCUCAGGUCAAUAGCACCUUUGGAAAUAUAUUUAGGGAGAAAAAUGCUUAAAUAAUAAAUAGACAAUCAGACCAAUAUCUAUAUCUACAGUGUGUGGGUGUAAAUAUAGACUAAAUUUAAAAGCAAAACGUUCAACAUAAAAACUGCUUUCCAAACACUUAAAACAUUGACUGUGUAUAAAAUAUGAGGUAUAUGUACACAAUAUUAGAGGCUGUAAUGAGAAACCAGAGUUGUCCUGAUGUGAACUCCAUCUAUUUGUUCCGGCAACUGCGCAAAUUCGAUUUCCAAAAUUGUCAAAUCAAAUGUUCUUUCUGUGGCUGAAAUUGCACCUCCUUUUAAAAUUAAUUGUGUGUUGAAUCAUGAAAAAAAAUGUUUUUGAUGGUCUUCUUGAAUGAUUGAUUUCAUGGACUGAAUGGUACAUCACUUCAAAGCCAUGUAAAUGUGACUUAUUC